AUGAGCGACGAGUCCUCGAAACGACUGACCGACAUGUCCCCAAUUUCCCCCAUCUCUCGAAAGCGAUCAACCCCCUCACAAAGCGACGACGAACCCGCAGAAGAGCAUGUUAGCAAAAAGAUAAAGCUGGAACCUACAUUGCCACGUACCCCUCCGCCAGAAACAGCGCAGAAACCUCUUCCUACCAGAGCACCACAUUAUGAUGAUCAUCCCAAGUUACUUUUAUCCCGCUCGAUCGCUAUAGCUUUGAAGCAUGUUGGUUUCGAUGGGGCGGAGCCUUUAGCUCUAGAGGCAAUGGUCGCAGAGGCCGAAGAAUAUAUGCUUCACUUUCUUUCAAAAGUAAGAACUACCAUGCUUAAUUCGCGACGAUCACACCCUACACCAUCCGACUUUCAGUAUGGGCUCUCCAGAUUUGAUUGCCCCCUACUUUCACUCAAACCGCAUCUUCAACCACCAGUCCCUAGGUCAGAAACGUUGAUAGAGAUGGAGCCAAUGCCUAAGGAGGAGGAUCAAACAUACUCGACGAUACGUCUACUUGGAAAUGAGCUUAGCGGUGAAACAGACAGACGACUCAUGCCACAUAUUCCUGCGGGGCUCCCGGCGUUCCCCAGCAAACACACAUACAAAUGGACAGAAAAAGAGCCAUCCCGAGAAACCGAUCCACGAAAGAUCAGAGAAGAAGCUGCUAAGUCGGCAAAAUCCGCCGAGGAAGCCCUACGAAAAUUCGUCAAUGUGAGCAAGGCAGGCAAAGAAAAGGAUGUAAAGAAGAACGCGAGUAAGGAUCCAAGGAGUAAACAGAGACAUGAUCUUUGGGAGUCGACCAUGCAAAAAUUCAUGGCCGGCAAGACAAGACAUGGUGAAUCUGGACAUGCAGACACAGCAGAGGAUGAUAGGAGUAUGGUUGUAAACUCUGAACGGCGGUAUAUGAGGAAAGGAGCUACGGCUAAGAGAAGAACUCAGCCAGUGGUAGACCAUGCGCAGAUGUAG